CUUGCCCUGGAGGCUCCUUUCCCAUCUUUCUCUUCUCCUUCUCCUUCCGUUUCUGUUCUCCUCUCUCCCUUUCCUCUUCCUCUUCGUCUCCCCGCCACACACGCCCCAGUCGGCGUCGCUCCAGGAGCAGGCUCUCCAUUCCUUUAACUUAUCCUCUUCUCCUCGUCCGACACACACCCCCGCCGCCGCAAGCAACCAUGCUCUUCCCGUCCCUGGGCCUCCUCCUGCUCCUCACCGCCGCCUCUGCUGCCCCAGCCCCAGCACCCGCGCCCCGCACAGAGACCACCGUCGUCCUGCGCCGCCAGGACCUCUCCCAGCCCGUCACGCUCACCCAGAGCCAGACCAGCCAGACGAACGCGGGUCCGGUCACGGAGACCUGCACGAUCACGCUCACCCCCGUCACAGGGUCCAACGGCGACCCCCUCGUCGAGGAGAAGAAGUCCUGCACCGUCUCCUGGGACACCUCCUCUGGCAACAACUCCCAGAACUCGGGCUCCUCCUCCUCCCCCGGCUCCGGCUCCUCCGACUCGUCUGCCUCCGCGUCCCCGUCGGCAGCGAGCGCGAGCGCAGCGUCGGUCCCAUCGUCCGCCCCCGCCGCGUCGCAGGCCGCGCCUGCCACCUCCGCCGCGGACCCCAGCGCCAGCGCCAGUGCCUCUGCUCCCGCCGUCACGACCUCCGCCUUCUCGUCCGCCCCCGCGGCCGCGAGCACCGCGCCGGUCGAGGCCUCCGUCGCCGGCAUCUCGUCCGUCGCCGUCGCGAGCAUCAGCGGCGCCACCGCUGCCACCGCCACCGCCACCGCCGCGCCCACAUCUAGCGCCGCCUCCGGCACCGCCAUCGCAGGCGGCGCCGCCGUCUCCUCCGCGCCCGACCUGUCCUCCGCCUCAGCGACCGCGAGCGCCGCGGCGGACUCGGCGCCGUCCGCGAGCGCGACGGCCGCCGCGGCAUUCCAGAUCCCGGGCAAGAAGCUGAUGGUGCUGCCGAUCGGCCUGGGGGUGUUCGCGGGCAUCUCGGUGAUCGCGCUCAUUGUCGUUGGGCUGGUGACGUAUGAGCGCACGAAGUACCGCAAGGCGUUCAGGCAGCGGAAGUUGGCGGAGCAGGGGGCGAAUAUGGGCUAUGGAGGCAUGGCGUGAGCGGUCUUGCGUAGCAGCAGCGGGUGAUCCGCCCGCAAGCGUCCACAUCCGGUGUUGGACUUCCCAUUCUCCCUCGGUCUCCCUCGGUCUUCUUCGGUCUUCGUUUUUUUUUCUAUCCGCGCUCGCUGCUCGUGUCGUGGUCCGUUCGUCGAAAGAAAGUCGGCUUCUGCUCUCGCCGAUGCUGUCCCGUCCCGUCUCGUCCCGUUCCCGUCGUGUUAUGGUGCCCGUCCCGAUCCCCGUCCCCGUCCCUUCGCUCUCGUCUCUCCCCCCAUCCUCGUCGUACCGUGUCGUCGUUGUAUCGUUGCAAUAUCACGUGAUGUGCAUCUCAUUCCCGUUCUCGCCUCUCUCGUCUCCCUCUCUCCUCCUCCGUGGUGCCGCGCCGCGCCGUGCCGUCGGCCUGGCGUCGGCGAGCAAGCGGGCACGCGGGCGGGCAAGCGCACGGCACGGCGCGGUAGAGUGAGUAUACAUAGGGAUCUUUCUAUAUAUACAUAUACAUAUACAUAGCAGUCGCGCCGCUGCUGGCCUGUCGAAUCUUAGCGGGUUUGUGAUAUAUAGAUAUAUGCGUGGUUCGUGGUCCGUGGGUGCAGGGUUGGUUUGUGGAUUUUUCUUAUUGGUUCGUGUGGCUUUUGGUUCGUGUAUGUUGGAUAGGCCUUUUCUCUCUCUCUUUGGUGUUUCUGGAGUUUCUGGUUUACUUUGUGCGUGCCGUUCGCUCGUUCGUUCGUUCGUUCGUUCUCUCCUGCCCUCCGCACUUGCUUGCUACGUAUCCCGUAGGCUAGCCUACACUGCACUGCCAGAACAGACUACCCCGCACCC